AUGGGUAGUUGGCACGCGUGGGUGUUAGUGGCGGUGGUUGGAUGCUGCUUCGUCGCAUCGGCGUUGUCGUUUCAGCUCCCGACAAAGAGCGUCUACCCUUUCCUCUUGGGCGAGACUGCGGUGAACAUCAGCGUGUUUGCUGCGCCGGUGCCCACUUCGUCUGGUGCCGCCCGCGCCGCCCUGCACUUCCUGAACGUCCACCAGAACGAGAACACGUCGGUCGUGGCCGCCAAGGUCCUCCUCUACUACUACGGCGGGUCGAUUACGCUAUUAGAGCAUGGGGGUGAGAGGUUGGUGUCGUUCAAGCUGGAGGGCACGGUCUACACGUUCGAUCCCAACCGCAUGUUCACGCCGGUCGGAGUGGAAGCCACGCUCAAGGAGUACGGACCCUAUUCGCCGGUCGCGGCCAAGCACGUCCUCGCCUUCUCCCAGCGCCUGCUCGAGAUCUAUGACUUCAAUCGCUUGCCGACUGUGGUCACGCUGCACAACAAUGGGCCGAACUACAACGCGUCGCUGUACCUGCCCGGCGGUCCCUUUGCCAACGAAGCCGAAAAGGUGUUCAUCGCUCCGGGAGCCUUCGCCCGCGAUUUCUUCUUCGUCACCGAGAACGCCUUCUUCGAGAAGCUCAAGGCCGAGGGGCUGAACGUGGUGCUGCAGCAGAGCCAGCACGCCCCGACCGACGACGGCUCGCUCAGCGUCUACGCCUACCUCAAGAAGAAGCCCUAUCUCAACGUCGAGGCCGCCGCUGCCGACGACGCGGACGGCACGCGAGUGUUGGCGCAGGUCGACAUGCUCACCAGGAUGAAGACCAGGUACAUCAAUCAAUCAGCUGCUUUCCUGCGGUGUUAA